CAACCACCUCAACAGGAACUGACGUCUCUUCGGUGCAAGUGGAUGGAAAAAAAAAUGCAGCUGCAGGAAAAAUGGCUCCAAACACCGCACCGCUAAAAGGUGUUUAAAGAUCUGCUACACAACCCUUUCAGCCACACUUACAAGCUGUCACACUCAUGGCACCUUCCAGUUGACACAAUGGCCCAGAUAUCAAGUGGUAAUGGGUUCAAGGUGGUUGUCCCCCAGCCAAAGGGGGUUGUGGGUAAAGAGGAAGCCCUCCGCAUGGAGGAAGAGGCUUUAGCAAAGUUGCAAAGGGAUAAGAGACCCACUCUUUCAGCUUCGACAUCCUCGUCUUCCUCUGCAGCCUCCUUAUCCUCCUCCAAAGCAUCUAAAUCUACCACUACUGCUCCUCGGCCUUUACCCGCCACCAACAGACCCGAAAAGGACCUCAUUGUCUUCCCAGAGACCAAGAAGCCGGCAGAGCAGGACAAGUUCAGGGAUAUCGAUGUUGACAAGCUGACCAAUGAGGAACUUGAAAAGCUCCUACUGGAUGAAAACUUUGGGGUUAACAGCAAAGUGUCCCGCCCCUCGUCCCUGCUGGGGUUUAACCUCAGCGCCUCCUACCCUGGAGGCAACCUCGGUAGCUCCUCUCCCUUCCACAGUGGCCAGUGGACACCUGUUCUGUCCACCCCAUUGAACUCCAGUGUGUCCACUCCCACCCACCAGCCUACCCCGCUUUUCCCCUCUGCUCCGUUCCCCAAACCAGGCACAUUUCAGAAUGGCUUCACUCCGACCAUGUCGCCCUUCAUGGCCCUGACGGCGACGCAGCCGUCCUUCAUGGCCUUCACUCCCAUCCAGCCCGCUGCUGCCAUGGUCUUCCCGCAGCCGGCCGUGGACCCGGAGAUGGUCAAACUGUUCGACAAGAUUGCCAGCACCUCAGAAUACUUGAAGAAUGGCAAAUCGGCCGGCACUGAGGUAGAUUCCUCUCAAGCGGGCGCAGCUUCUCUUGCGCCCAACCCACCACCCCAGCAGCCAGCAGUGGUGGAAUCCCCCAGCAUCAGCCGCUUUGACUGGCUGGAUCUGGACCCACUGACAAAGCACAAAGCUGAGAAUGAGGAAGCAUCUAUGGCAUCGGGGGGCGCUGCGCCGACAGUACCGGGAGUCGCGGGGGAUCCCUGGGACGCAGUGCUCGAGACCGAAGGGAACAGCAGCAGCAGCACCAGCCCUCCGCCGGAGGUGAAGGCGUUGCUGACGGUUCGCUCACAGCACAGGAGAGCAUCAACGGGAGCCUCCGUAACCAGGAGUCACUCGCUCAACAUCCCGGGGACCUCCUCCCAGCACAAACCAAACAACCAGGACAAGGGAAAAGGUUUGGUGAAGAACGCCGCUCUGGAAGAACAGGACGCUCAAAGCCUCGAGGUUAUCGCCUUCUGUGAAGACGUAGCAGCUCUGCGCUCCAAAUUCCCUCAUGGCGACAUGUCCACCAACCCCGGCUUCGUCCUGAGCCCCGUCAUUACGCAGAGAGACAGCGGAGGGGACAGCAGCUGCUCUGUCAAGGUUUCUAUUGAAAUCUCAGAAUCUCAGCAGCCGGUAACCUUCACCUGUGACGUGAGCUCUCCGGUGGAGUUGUUGAUCAGUCAGACUCUCUGCUGGGUCCACGAUGACCUGGACCAGGUGGACUUCUCCAGCUACCUGCUCAAAGUCUGUGGUCAGGAGGAGGUGCUGCAGAAUAAACACAGCUUAGGCAGCCAUGAGUACGUCCAGAACUGCAGGAAGUGGGAGAAUGAGAUCACGUUACAGCUGCUCUCUCACUCCACCAUGAGAAGAGACUUGGCCCGCAGCGCGGAAGACGACAACUCUCUGGUAGAUUUAGAGAAGCACCUGGGCCAAGUGGAGCGGCCGUUCAAGGAGAACGUCACCAGACAAGGCCUGGCUGAUUAUUUAGAAGGCUAUCACAAUCAAGUCAACAUCUGCCUUCAAAAUGAGAGCACCCAGUACAAGACCGUGGACCGGGUGGUGCAGACUUUGAAGAACCUAUGCUGUGGUCUGGAUGAGGUGGAGACCCGAGCCAUUACAGAGGCUGUCAAAAGGCUGCGACACCUCGUCAAUUUACCCAGGACACGCUCACCCAAGAUGGGGUCCACAUCGUCCGGUCAAUCAUCAAAUGGUCACACCAGUCCUCUGGAGGAGGGCAUGGCCGUACUGACGCAGGCCGUCUACGACCUGGCCAAGCUCUACCUGCGCUCCUUCUGCCCCCCCUCCGCCUCCUUCAGCUCUCCUCCGUUGCCCCAUGCUGCGGACGGGGAAGGCGCAGAGGGGAGGAGCAGCAAAGAGGCUUCUGGCACCACAGACCACCUCCAGUUCACUCUGUUCGCAUUGCACGGCAUCCCGGCCAACUGGGUCAGCAGUUAUGAGAAGUACUUCCUGAUGUGUUCCCUCACCCACAAUGGCAAGAACCUGUUUAAACCGGUCCAGUCCAAGAGGGUGGGCACAUACAAAAGCUUCUUCUACCACAUCAAAUGGGAUGAACUGAUCAACUUUCCGAUAGCAGUAGCUGUUCUCCCGCUGGAGUCCAUACUGAGCCUGACUCUGUUCGGGGUGCUGAACCAGAAUGCCAGCGGCUCCCCGGACUCCAACAAACAGAGGAAAGCUCCAGAGCUGCUGGGCAAAGUCUCUCUGCCGCUCUUUGACUUCAGACGGGUGCUUGCCAAGGGCAGCAGGUUGUUGUGUCUGUGGACAUCCGCCCAGGGAGCUGCUGCCGCCGCCGGCUCUACAGCCAGCCGCAAGAGGGUGCCCACAGAGAGAAUAGUAUUACAGGUGGACUUCCCCAACUCAGCGUUGGAUGUUUUGUACGUGGGACCAAAGGAAGAACCCAGCCCGGAGCUCAACACGCUGGAGGAACUGGACCCUGAUCUGCGACGCAAACUGGAGAAAAUCUGCAGCCGUGCUUCCAAUUUUGGGCUGAAGAGGGCCGACCACCAGCUCCUAUGGGACCAUCGGCUCCACUGUCGGAAGGACCACCCCAGCAGCCUCCCUAAGGUGCUGGCCAGCGUGCCCAGCUGGGACUGGGCCAGCAUGGCUCACAUCCACUCCCUGCUGCACCACUGGCCCCCUCUGCCCCCCGUCACUGCGCUGGAGCUGCUCGAAUCAAAGUUUGCAGAUACAGAUGUAAGAAAUCUGGCUGUUAGCUGGAUUGAGAAGAGCAGUGACGAUGAGCUGACUGACUACCUGCCACAGCUAGUUCAGGCGUUAAAGUUUGAGUGUCACCUUAAGAACGGCCUCGUCAUGCUCCUGCUGUCCAGAGCACAAGGCAACAUCAACAUUGCCCACUACCUCUACUGGCUGCUGAAGGACGCUGUGCAGGAUCCUGCCUGGGGACGACGCUACGAGCAGGUGCUGGGUGCUCUGCUGUGUCUGUGUGGAGUCAAGCUGAGGGCCGAGCUGGAGAAGCAGACUCACCUGGUCACCCUGCUGGGAGCUGUGGCCGAGAGGGUUCGACAGGCCGGGUCGUCUACGCGACAGGUGGCGCUGCAGGAGGGCCUUGAAAACGUUCAAAACUUUUUCCAGAGGAACAGCUGCCGGGUGCCUCUCAGCCCCAGUCUGGUGGCUAAGGAGCUAAACAUUAAGGCCUGCUCCUUCUUCAACUCCAACGCAGUUCCUCUCAAGCUGGCCCUGGUCAACGCAGACCCACUGGGAGAAGAGAUCAAUGUUAUGUUCAAGGUCGGAGAGGACCUGAGGCAGGACAUGUUGGCCCUUCAGAUGAUCCGCAUCAUGGACCGCAUCUGGCUGCAAGAGGGGCUGGACCUCCGCAUCGUCAACUUCAAAUGCAUCUCCACCGGCAAGGACAAAGGCAUGGUGGAGCUGGUGCCGUCCUCCGACACCCUGAGAAAGAUCCAGGUGGAGUACGGCGUCACCGGAUCCUUCAAGGACAAGCCGCUGGCCGAGUGGCUCCGCAAGUACAACCCUGCCGAGGAUGAGUAUGAGAAGGCAUCGGAGAACUUCAUCUACUCGUGUGCGGGAUGCUGCGUGGCAACCUACGUACUGGGCAUCUGCGAUCGCCAUAAUGACAACAUCAUGCUGCGCUCCACUGGCCACAUGUUCCACAUCGACUUCGGCAAGUUCCUGGGCCACGCCCAGAUGUUUGGCAGCUUCAAAAGGGACCGCGCUCCGUUCGUUCUGACCUCUGACAUGGCGUACGUCAUCAACGGAGGCGAGCGUCCCACCAGUCGCUUCCAGCUGUUUGUAGACUUGUGUUGCCAGGCCUACAACCUCAUCCGCAAGCACUCCGGGCUUUUCCUCAACCUGUUGUCACUGAUGACGUCCUCAGGCCUCCCAGAGCUGACCGGCUCUCAGGAUCUAAAGUACGUGUUUGACGCCCUGCAGCCCCACAACACGGAUGCUGAGGCAACGAUCUUCUUCACCAGGCUGAUAGAGUCCAGUCUGGGCAGCGUUGCCACCAAGUUCAACUUCUUCAUCCACAACCUCGCCCAGCUACGAUUCUCUGGUUUGCCGGCCAACGACGAGCCCAUCCUGUCUUUCUCCCCCAAGACGUACACUCUGAAACAGGAGGGCCGCAUCGUCCACGCCUCCAUCUUCUCCUUCCAGAAGAGAUACAACCCCGACAAGCACUAUACGUAUGUGGUGAGGCUCCUGAGGGAAGGUCAGAACGAGCCCCAGUUUGUCUUCCGCACUUUCGAUGAGUUCCAGGAGCUCCACAACAAACUCACCAUCCUCUUCCCGCUCUGGAAGCUGCCGAGUUUCACCAACAAGAUGGUGCUCGGUCGCACCCACAUCAAAGAAGUGGCAGCCAAGAGGAAGCUGGAGCUCAACAACUACGUCCACAACCUGAUGAGGAGCUCCACUGAGGUCGCCCAGUGUGACCUGGUCUACACCUUCUUUCAUCCGAUUGCACGGGAUGACAAGACAGAAGGUUUAGAUGCCACGCCCAAAGCACUAGAGCCUCCACUGAGUCCCACUUCUGGUCGGGUGGAAGGAGAAGUGAAGCUCUCAAUCUCCUACAGGAACAGCAACCUCUUCAUCAUGGUCAUGCACAUCAGGGAUCUGGUUUCUGAAGAAGGAACGGAUCCCAAUCCAUAUGUGAAAACCUACCUGCUUCCAGAUCCACACAAGACUUCCAAACGCAAGACAAAGAUCUCGAGGAAAACCAGGAACCCUACUUUCAAUGAGAUGUUGGUGUACAGCGGCUACAGCAAGGAAACCCUGGGCCUGCGGGAGCUUCAACUGAGCGUGCUCAGUGCCGAGUCGCUGCGUGAGAACUACUUUCUGGGCGGCAUCACGCUCCGACUCAAAGACUUUGACCUCAGCAAGGAGACGGUCAAGUGGUACAAACUCACGGCCGUCCCCUACUUCUAACCCCAACCCUGCCUCUCUCCCGAAGCCGGGAACGACUCUGCGUGUCCAGACAAAAGCUGCAUUCUGAUCAUAUGGGAAAGGCAGCGGAUGCGGCCUUACUUGAAAAUACCGGUCACUGCAUUUUUCAGUUCGUACAAGUACCAUUUCAGAACUUCAUUUAUUGGUUUAUUUCAAACUUGGAGGCCUGGAGAUGAAUUGAGGAUUUCUGACAUGACAGAAGUAUAAGCAGCGAGUUCUUUUUCAUUGAAAAUGUAAUAAACCAAACGGACAGUUUCCUUCACAUGAAUGAUGUUGUUAUCAAUAUUCUGAAGACAUGGAAGGUUACAGCUGCGCUUGUUGCUGAGAAACAUGCAUCAAUAACUACAUUUGUGUUGAGAUCACUAGCAGAAUUUCAGAAAGCUAUUGUUACGGCUUCAAACCAGGCUGAACACCACCCAGUCACUGCUUAUGAUAAGGACCAUGUGGCUUCAGUGGUUAUUCCCAUAUGACGUGAAUGCAGACUUAAAAACUCCUUCAGACGCACCCUGACAGAGC